AUGAACGGCUACGGCGACCAUGGGCACGAGGAGGACCCGUUUGGGCCAGCAAAGGGUGGAAUCGUAUCAAGUUUCGAUGCAUUCCCGAAAACCAAAAAGACAUACCUCGUCCAAGGUCGCAACUCCUCCGCAUGGACAGUAACGCUUAUAUUGACAUGCAUCUACCUCUCCUGGUCCGAGAUAUCGCGCUGGUUCGCUGGCACAACCUCGCAGUCAUUCGCCGUCGAGAAGGGCGUAUCCCACGACAUGCAACUGAACCUCGACGUGAUCGUAGCCAUGCGCUGCGCUGAUCUUCACGUCAACAUGCAAGACGCUGCUGGUGACCGCACCCUCGCCGGCGAACUCCUGCGCAAGGACCCAACAUCAUGGUCGCAAUGGACUGGCAAAAACAUUGAGAGUGGAACGCACGAAUUGGGCAAAGAAAGCGGCAAGCAGGCACCUGGAUGGGAAGAGCUUUGGGAUGUCCACGAGCAGUUGGGCAAGGCGCGGAAGAGGAAGUUCAGCAAGACACCCCGGGUGCGCGGUCAGACUGACAGUUGCCGUAUCUACGGAAGUCUGAUCGGAAACAAGGUCCAAGGUGACUUCCACAUCACGGCGAGAGGCCAUGGAUACAUGGAGUUUGGAGAACAUCUGGACCAUUCCUCAUUCAACUUCUCUCAUAUCAUCCGCGAAAUGUCUUUUGGCCCGUACUAUCCCUCUCUCGUCAACCCCCUCGACUCCACUAUCGCUGUAACACCAACACCGGAUGAUAAGUUCUACAAGUUUCAGUACUACAUCUCUAUCGUGCCCACCAUCUACACCGACGACGCUUCGAUGAUUCCUCUCCUCCAAGCAAUCACGUCCACACAGGACCACCCUGCCUCGAACAUCUUCCACACCACGCACGCCAUCAAGACCAACCAAUACGCUGUUACUUCACAGUCUCACAAAGUACCAGAGACCUACGUACCCGGCGUGUUCGUUAAAUUCGAUAUCGAGCCGAUUAUGCUGGCCGUGGUAGAAGAGUCGGGAGGCUUCUGGAGGUUGAUUGUCAGGCUGGUCAACGUAGUGAGUGGCGUUAUGGUAGCUGGAAGCUGGGCGUGGCAGAUGUUUGAUUGGGGAAGUGAAGUUCUGGGUAAGAGGAGGAGAAGAGGCGAUGGCGUUGGUGUGCUGGGGACACCGUCUGUGGAAAAGAAGAGCUGGGAUUAA